AUGGGACAGUUGCAGGCCGUGAGUGUUGAGCCGGGGUCGGCACGACGUCAGCCUAUCGUCCCUGUUGGGAGUGGUCGUGUUGGCCCUGGUCUUCAUCCUGCUGCUGUGCAGAGCGCCGCGCUGGUGGUCGCGCUGCGGCCCGUGGACGGCGGUCCGUCUCGGAGGCGGGAGCCCGUGCAACAGUGGCCGGCUUCGGCGCAGACUGCAACUGCCUACUGCCCGACUGCAACUGCCUACCGCCAGACUGCAACUGCCUACCGCCAGACUGCAACUGCCUACCGCCAGACUGCAACUGCCUACCGCCAGACUGCAACUGCCUACCGCCAGACUGCAACUCCCUACUGCUGGACUGCAACUCUGCUACUACCAGACUGCCACUGCCUACUGCCCAGCGUGCUUCCUGAGGACGCUCGCCACCGCCAGACUGCAACUGCCUACUGCCAGACUGCAACUGCCUACCGCCAGACUGCAACUGCCUACCGCCAGACUGCAACUGCCUACCGCCAGACUGCAACUGCCUACCGCCAGACUGCAACUGCCUACCGCCAGACUGCAACUGCCUACCGCCAGACUGCAACUCCCUACUGCUGGACUGCAACUCUGCUACUACCAGACUGCCACUGCCUACUGCCCAGCGUGCUUCCUGAGGCUUUAUUUCAGAAUGAUUGCGUGUUUAUCAGCUUUGGUAGUUGCGAGGCAACGCCGCCAGUGCUGGCGAGGCGCGCGUCUACGAGACGAGAAGGCAGGCAGCUGUCCGCCCCCAGCGCGCUAGUCAGCAGUCAGUCUUCGGGCUGCCCGCAGGCGGUGUUUGGCGAACUGACGCAGGCGGGGGCGACGGACAGGCAGGCAGGUGUGCCCUUUCUGCCCAGCCUUCAGACGGCCACCCACUAUGAUGGAGCAGCCGCUGCCUACGGGACCGCCGCCGCCGCCGCCGCCGCCGCCGCCGCCAACAUAAGCGGAACCGGCGGACAGCGGCCGGCAGCCCCUGGCCCACUUGCUGUCGUGUGGGCGGCGGCAGCAGAAAUAGCGCGCAAGCCGGGAAUACCCGCCAUCGGGCGUGACCGCCGCUUCUGCCCCUUAGCAACUCAGCUAGUGUGGAAGCAACGCUCAAAUGAAACAAAUGCGCGUUACACGAGGGUUGCUAGAGAAGAACAGCUGAUACACGUGUUCCACGGUCAAAAUGUUCUGCCAUGA